CCAUUGAACCCUGCUGCUCUCAGCAUUACGUCUGUUUUGCAUAUGCCGCAGACACAACACUCUCUUACAUUCACGACUUUCUUUUGGAUAUCUACACAUUGCUACUUUCUUUUGGAUAUCAAUUCCGCAGGCAAACGGCUCAAAUCGUCGUGGCGACUCUAGAAUCUACACCUCCUGUUCGCCACCAUUUCAUCGCUCGCAACUGGCACCUCAAACAACGCUCUUGAACACCGUCAAUCUAUCCCAGCCGCACCAGCCGCCACAAUGUUCAUCCAGAUGGCGGACAGGCGGCGACCUCCUCAUGUCACCAUCAACUCGGGGAGCGAGGAAGACAUUCUCGCCCAAGAACCACACAACAACAGCAGUACCGACUCCAUAACGACCCGACAGCUCCUACCGCAGCCAUUUGCAUCGUCGCCGCGCUCCAGCGGGGCAACAUCGCCAAUUUACGGAGGGAGGCAGUUCCCCGACAGCUCGGAGCUGUUAUUACCCCGCAGCGCACCAACGAGCUAUCGCCCGUAUCGCGAUGUCUCGAAUGCGACGGACCCUUACUCGACGCGGUCGUCGCGACGGACGAGUACGAGCUCGGAUGGGGGGGGAUAUGGAGGACCUUUUGCUUCGCCGUUUGGUGAUAGGAUAGGGGGGCCGGAUGAUGAUAAUGUGAAUACACAGACGGUGACGGAGAAGUAUAAUUGUGUGCCUACGCCGGGGUUAUUGGUGUUUCCGGAAGACGUGGAGCAAGAUGAUGAGAUGCAUAAUCCCGAUCCGGAUGAGAAGGAACACAGGGAUGGGAAUAUCUGGACGAAAAGAGGCGCGGUUAAUCUUGGAGGAUUGGGGGUUCUUGUUUUGGGAAUGUUGUCGCUAUUUAUUAUAUGGCCGGUAUUAACCGUCGCCUUAAACAAAAAGAAUGCAGGCCACAUUGGAUGCGAGGCGGACCCGGAUUGUCUAUCAGAUUCAGUACCACUAUUGAAAAAUAUGAGGACGGGCCUCAUCGACCCAGACACACCCGAAACGGUGAAGACGAAGACUGCAAAGGAUGGAACGAAGCUGGAACUGGUGUUCUCGGACGAAUUCAAGAAAUCCGGCCGCACAUUCUACGACGGUGAUGAUCCAUAUUUCCAAGCGGUGGAUAUCUGGUAUGGAGCGACACAGGACUUGGAGUGGUACGACCCAGACGCAGUUUCGACGGAUAAUGGCACGCUCAAUCUACGAUUCGACGCCUUUCAAAAUCACUUCCUCAACUACAGGUCUGGUAUGGUGCAGUCAUGGAAUAAAUUAUGUUUCAAGGGCGGCCGUUUGGAAGCAAGCAUAUCGUUACCGGGGCGAGGCGACGUUGAAGGCUUCUGGCCCGGAUUUUGGGCAAUGGGAAACCUCGGGAGGCCUGGAUACUUGUCCACAACUGACGGGCUGUGGCCUUACAGCUACGAGGACAAGUGCGAUGUUGGUAUCACCAAGAACCAGAGUUCUUCAGAUGGUCUCUCAUUGCUCCCUGGCAUGAGGCUUCCCGCCUGCACCUGUGCAGCCGAGGACCACCCCUCACCCGGCAAGUCACGGUCAGCCCCCGAGAUCGACUGUAUAGAAGCCUCCGUGGACUUUCUCGAUCCCGCUGUUACCAGCAGCUACACAGGCACUGCCUCGCAGUCAUUCCAACUUGCCCCGUUUGAUAUCUGGUACCAGCCUGACUACAACUUUGUCGAGCUCUACGACCAGCAAGUGACGGAGAUGAACACUUACCGCGGUGGUCCCUACCAGGAAGCAUUUUCCGCCGUGACGUACCUGAAUAACAAUUGGUACGACGGCAAUGCCUACCAGACCUACGGCUUUGAGUACAAGCCCGGCGCCAAGGGUGACAUGGUCUGGUUCGUCGGCGACGAAUACACAUGGAAGAUCGAUCCGCGAGCGCUCCGCCCGAACGGGAAUAUCGGACAACGCAUAUUUCCCGAGGAGCCGAUGGCCAUGAUCAUGAAUUUCGGCAUGAGUAAUUCGUUUGCGCAGGUCUUCCUGGCUGAUUUGGCGAAACUGAUGCCGGCAACUAUGCGCUUCGAUUAUGUCCGUAUCUAUCAGGAUCCGGAAGAGAAGAGUGUGACGUGCGAUCCGGUCGGAUAUCCAACGACGGAUUAUAUCAAGAAUCAUCCGGAGCCGUAUGCCAAUCCCAACUUGACGUUGUGGGAGAAAACCAACUAUAAUUGGCCGCAGAAUACAUUUGUUGAUGGCUGCAAAGCGUGAAUGGAUUAUAGAAGCUGUUGGUGAAGUGGUGAUACAAAGCGACGACAUUUCAGCGCACUGGAGGUGUACGAAAGAGUGUUUCACAACCCGAAACAAUGCAUUAGCAAAGCAAUUGAGCAGCUAGAGGUCCUCGUACCUGCAUAUUUCGCCAAUUGGACACUUGCCAGGUUGAACAAACGAGCCGGCGAGCUCGGCAGGAGUUUUUGGGAUUCGGCCGUAUUUAUGGCUAACGUUCGCAAUGGCGUAAUGAGCACUAUGGCGUAAUGAGCACCAAAACCCCCACCUUGCAACUUCAAAUCAAUUUUCAACUAUAAUACAAUUUCCUCCAAAUGCUGUCUUGUUAUUAGUACGGGUCUUAUUUUCAAUCUGUAAAACUGCCAACUGGAUUUCUUGCGUACUCAUUACUCUCUUGCCCCGCUUGUUGGUUCUACGUGCAGAUAGAACACUUUGGGUAUCUUGUAGCUCCUUAAGUAACAG